AUGAUUUUUGUGCUUCUUUUUAUUGGACUGGCAGCAGCGUUGCCGCUGUUUGGCCAGCAGUACCGUUUAAUUUCUCUGCGGCCAAAUGAACUGACAAAGGUGACGGAGGCCGAGUGGUGGCGGCUGAAGCAGCAAAACACGCAAUUUCUGGACCUCACAGGGCGGUAUCCCACUUUGCUGGAGCCAAUGAGAGAAGGUCAAUCAGUCAGUGUUACUUUGGAAAAGCCAGUUAUUGUGUACAAUUACCCCAAUGGGUCCGAGUUUCACGAGAAAGAGGUCAACUCGCUUCUCACGGAUAUCGAUCCUUCCAAGAUCCAAGGUACAUUGGAAGAGCUCAGCUCGUUCAAGUCGCGGUAUUACAAGUCUGAAAAAUACCUGGACUCCUCUAUAUGGGUUUACAGCAAGCUCUUGGGCUAUGCACUCGGCAGAGAGAACUACAACUUGACGGUGGUCAACCACGAGAAAUUUCCGCAAUCGUCGUACAUUUUGCGGAUAAAGGGCACCAACAAUUCCGUCGAAACCCCGACAAUUGUUCUUGGAGCACACAUAGACUCCAUGAAUUUGGUGUUACCUUCGUUUUUGCCUGCUCCGGGCGCAGACGACGACGGUUCUGGCGUGGUGACGCUGCUGGAGACGCUGCGGAUCGUGACGGAGCACGGGCUUUCUUUCCCCAACGACAUCGAGUUUCACUUUUACGCAGCAGAGGAGGGCGGCAUGCUUGGCUCGCUUGACAUUUUCAACGCGUAUUUUCUGCAAAAAAAAGUGGUCGCCAUGCUUCAGCAGGACAUGACGGGCUACGCUGCAAAAUCGCUCCGAAAAGGACAACCAGAGCACUUUGGACUCAUCACGGACUACACGUCGCCGUAUCUGAACGAGUUUUUACGGCAGGUUAUUGAAACUUACUGCCGGAUCCCUGUUUUCGAGACCGCGUGCGGCUAUCCCUGUUCCGACCAUUACAGUGCGCACAUGAAUGGGUUCCCAGCAGGAAUGGUAGCAGAAGCCCAGCGCGAGUAUUGGAACCCGUACGUGCACACGACGGGCGACACAAUCGACAAGCUGAGCAUGCUGCACAUAGCGGAGCACGUGAAGCUGUGUUUGGGCUACGUUUACGAGCUCGGAGAGUACUCGUUUUAG